AUGUCCUAUCAACUGCUAAACCGACCCAAUGCAGCAGUAGCAGAUACCAGCAAUAACAGCGAACAGGAGAAGCGGUUACUAUCCAGCAAUGGAAGUAAUGCAGACUUAUUAUCUGCCGAAGAAGAAUCCCGCAUUCCACAUCGGCACCAUAACCAUCAUCACAGUCUCAAAGGUCAUGUUGAAGAACAUUUCUCGAGACCCGAGCUUGUACGUGAUUGUAUUCUCGGGUUAUCCGACGGACUAACUGUCCCUUUCGCUCUCGCAGCCGGUCUGUCGAGCUUGGGUGACAGUCGUAUUGUGAUUUUCGGUGGAUUAGCUGAGCUGGUCUCAGGUGCCAUUUCUAUGGGUCUUGGUGGUUAUUUGGCAGCAAAAUCAGAUGCAGACCAUUAUAUUACCGAGCGACAACGAGAAGAGCGAGAAGUGGAACUAUAUCCUGAUGAAGAGGAAGAAGAAAUCGUCGAGCUGUUCGAGCCCUAUGGCUUAGACCGUGAAUCAAUGGAGCCGAUGCUGGCACGGUUCAGAGAAAACACACAGAAGUUUGUUGAUUUCAUGAUGAAGUUUGAGUUGAACUUGGAAAUGCCAGACCCUCACCGGAGCUGGAUUUCGGCAGCGACAAUUGGGUUAUCCUAUCUGUUUGGCGGCUUGAUUCCGCUUCUUCCGUAUAUCAUCAUCGUGGACACUACAGACGCCUUAUUCUCAUCUAUUGUGGUGACAUCCAUGACAUUGUUUGCAUUCGGCUAUAUCAAGAGCAUCUAUCUAAGACCUGCCCAAGCAGUCAUGGGCGCUUUCCAGACGCUGGCAAUCGGCGCUGUUGCAGCGGGGUGUAGUUAUGGUAUUGUUGCACUUGUCAACUCAACCAAUGCACCCGCUUCUUCUGGAGUACCUUCUUACGGUGCAUCUGUCUCUUUUCACUAA